AUGGCUGCGUGGCUGUCCCGGAGUGUAAUGCAAAGAAAUGGCAGCUGGUUGCUGAGUACACGCCCUACCUCCGUGGCCCAGAUCUGGUUCAGGGGGGCAUCAGGGGCCCUUUCUGCCCUUCAAGACAAGCCUCGAACAGUCAAGGACCUCCCACAUGUCAGCUCCUGGGAGCUGAUUUACAGAUUGGUGUUCCAGGGCUUCUACAAGCGCAUGCAUGAGCUCCAGCUCUAUGAGAAGCAGCUCUACGGGUCCAUAUACAGAGAUGGGUUGAAAGCAGUGGCAGUGAACACACCCAAGCUGCUGGAGGAGCUCAUGAGGAACGAAGAGAAAUUCCCCCGUCGAGGAGACAUGUCCUUGUGGACAGAAUAUCGAGAUAUGAGAGGAUUUGGCUAUGGACCUUUCACAGUGGAGGGGGAGAAAUGGUACAACAUGAGGACAGUGUUGAACAAACGUAUGUUACAUCCAAAGGAGUCUGUCCAGUACGGAGGAGUCAUCAAUGAAGUGGUUACAGACUUCACCAACAGGAUCUACUACCUCCGUCAGUCUAGUCUGACUGGAGAUCUGGUGACUGACAUCGCCAAUGAGCUCUAUCGAUUUUCACUGGAAGGUAUUGCCUCCAUACUGUUUGAGACAAGGAUUGGGUGUUUGGAAAAGGAAAUACCUACAGGUACUCAAGAGUUUAUUAAUGCCAUAGUCCAGAUGUUCUCCAACAGUAUGGCUGUGGUGGUGACGCCCAAGUGGAGCCGAGGCCUGCUCCCAUACUGGGGACGCUACAUUGCUGGAUGGGAGGGCAUCUUCACGUUUGCUAAGAAGUUGAUUGACAAGAAGAUGGAGGAGAUUCAACAGCGCAUUGAUAACAAUCAGGAUGUGGAGGGGGAAUACCUAACAUACCUCCUCUCAAGAACUCAGAUGAGCAUUAAAGAUGUAUAUGGAAGCAUCGCUGAACUUCUUCUAGCAGGAGUGGACACGACAUCAAACACCGUCACAUGGGCUUUGUACCUGCUGUCCAAGUACCCUCAGAUCCAGGACAGACUAUAUGAAGAAAUAUCUGCACAGAUAGCAGCUGACCAGAUCCCCUCUGCUGAGGAGGUGACACGUCUGCCAUAUUUAAGGGCUACUGUUAAGGAAGUAUUGAGGCUUUACCCAGUGGUUCCUAUGAAUGCAAGAGUCCUCACAGAAAAGGAUGUUGUUAUUGGUGGAUACCAUUUUUCCAAGAAGACCACUUUCACACUGUGCCAUUAUGCCAUCAGUCAUGAUGAAGACACCUUCCCAGAUCCAUUCACAUUCAAGCCAGAGAGGUGGCUCCGGGACAAUCAUGACAGGCCAAAUCCCUUUGGUUCAAUCCCAUUUGGCUUUGGGGUGAGAGGCUGUGUCGGCCGCCGGAUCGCUGAGCUUGAAAUGUUUAUGGUCCUGUUUCGGCUCAUCAGGCUAUUUGAAAUCAAACCCGAUCCCACAACGGGAGACCUGAAAAGCCUCAACCGAACUGUUCUGAUACCAGACCGACCACUGAACCUACACUUUGUGGACAGAGGAUUUAGAAAUGCAGCUUGACCUGUGUUUGCACGUCAAUUUAAAUGUACAUUCAUAUGAACAAUUAAUGAAAAAGUUCAAUCUUUUGUAAAUAAUGUCUAAUGUAUUUGAAGGAGACAGCAGGUUUAGAGCCUUUUGUAAUAUACAGUAUAUAUAGUAUAUGUAAAAUCCAUAUGAGUUAGCUUAUAUGUAUUUUUUGUAAAGACGUCGCACCAUGCAGCAGUAUCAUAAAAUAUUGUAAAAAAUGAGUCAAGUAAUCAAUGUAAUCAUUUACCACAAGCUUCUAAGUUUUUAAUUAAAGGCAAAACAACCAUCAGGUUGAUACAGAA